UCGUAAGCUUGGUAAUUAAUGUUUUGUUACGAAAAUGGUUGGCUGUUCUAUUCGGAACUGUAAGAGUAGGAGUAUAAAGGGCAGUAUAAUCAGAUUUUAUUCGUUUCCGAAAAAAGAAUCCGUAGCCAAUGAAUGGCUUCGCUAUUGUGGACUGAAAACAAAAUGUAAAAAUGGCAGAGUUUGUUCAAAACAUUUCACGAGUACUGAUUAUAUCAAGCCAUCAUUGAAGCACAUUCUAAUGAAAGAAUCGCCAAGGAGAGUAAGGAUAUUAAAACCAGACGCGAUACCUACUUUACAGAUUGAUAGUGUAGUAAAAUCAAACUCAACUGACUUGUCAGCAAAGUCUACCGUAUGUACCCCCGGACAGACAGACAACUGUGAAACAAAAGAAAAUUAUGAUAUUUCUGCUCCUUCAUGCAAUAUUAAUGUAAAAGUUGAAGUACAUUGUACAUCUGAUAGCGACACGACACCAGCCAACGAUGUUGAGGGCUCUUCAAACGUUGUUGAGGAAAGUGAUAAGGAUAUUACAGUGUCAGCGGCUGAAUAUAAGCUACUUAAAAGGAAAGUUGAAGUACAUUGUACAUCUGAAAGCGACACGACACCAGCCAACAAUGUAGAGGGCUCUUCAAACGUUGUUGAGAAAAGGUAUUAUUGA